AUGGCUAGAGACUCGAUCCGAAUCACUCGACCGGAAAAGCUACGAUCUAGUUGUGAUCGAUGUGGUACGGCCAAAGUAAAAUGCGACAAGGAACAACCAGAAUGUGGGCGGUGCAUCUCACAUGGCGUACCCUGCAUCUAUGGGGUUUCGCGUAAGAUGGGAAAGCCACCAAGACGUAUCAGUCUAUGUCAAUCCACAAGCGACACCGCCACGACUACUCAAAGUAGCAGCGAAACCAGCAGUGGUGGCAUGCCCCUGGAUCUGGAGCUCUCCAGCACUGAUAUGAAUACCUGGGAUCAUAUGGAUGAAGACAACAACAGUCACACAUUCAAAGAUAUCCUAGACGCUGGAAGAAGCUUUGACCACGAGCUUCCAAUACCGAUGAUACCGAAUCUGCCGAUGGACUACAAUGAAUGGGCUAUCUCCGACCAAGCCAACGCCAAUAUCCUUUUUCCUCUUCGAUCCUCUCAGCAAUCCUCAACACAAGGGGAAGAUUUGUCGUCCAUGACUUUCCAGUGGCAAUGGGACGGCCACGACUGCCAGCAAAAAUCUCACGGGAUCCUUGAAAGUAUAUCUGCCUACAAUAUCCACAAGUCUGAGUCCGAGGAAGGACUCCCACCACCGACUGCGCUCGCUCCAAGAACAGAGACUACAGUCAACGGAGUACCACUAGACCUAGUGCUCCAGCUUAACCGCGAGGCAACCGAGCGGCUCAUUCAACUCGUUUCUUGCCCCUGUGCACGAAUUCCCUCUGUUGCAUUACUGUAUGCAUCGAUCAUCUCCCGGGUCUUAGCGUGGUACGAGCAGGCUGCUGCUUGCACACAAAUGAACUCGCUGCCACUUUCUAGUAAGGCAGCGGGGCAUAAUUUAACACCCAGUAACUCGAGUAGAGGUACAUCUUCGCCACCUCUGCAACCUCCAGAGGUGUCGGUUGCACCGUCACAAAUGAUGGUCGGGACAUUUAACGUGGACGAUCCUCUUAUCCAAACUAUGAUGAACAUACACCUCAUAUCUGGCGAGAUGAAGCGAGUGGAGGAUGUUAUCGACCAAUUUGGUUCACAGACCGGCUGCUCAACCCCAGGGACCGAGCAGAUCGGAGGCCUUUUUUUGACUCUCAAUUCAUGGCUUAAGCAAGAUUAUUCACGGAUUUUGCAUAUGAUGCAAUCGGAGCUGAAGAAACUGACCAUUUGA